AUGAUACCCGUCUACGAACAAGAACUUACGACCGCAAAUGCAACGAACUUUACAUUAUCGUUCGAGGAAUUGCUUCUUUUCGAGAUAAGGAACAGUUCAAAAGUGAUACGGCCUAGUGUAGACAACGACGUCAUUACUUCCAACAAACUAGUGCAGAUUGUGUUUUGUGUUUUGUACUCGAGCAUAUUUAUAUUAGGCGUUUUUGGCAAUGUACUAGUGUGUUUCGUCGUGUUCCGCAACAAGGCCAUGCAAACUGUGACUAAUUUGUUCAUUACUAAUCUCGCCCUCUCGGACAUUUUACUGUGCGUAUUAGCCGUGCCUUUCACACCAUCUUAUACUUUUAUGAGACGAUGGGUAUUUGGAAAGCUGUUGUGUCACACUGUUCCAUUAGCUCAAGGAUGCAGUGUAUACAUAUCGACCCUAACGUUAACGUCCAUUGCGAUUGACCGUUUUUUUGUCAUCAUUUACCCGUUUCAUCCACGUAUGAAGUUGACUACCUGCAUCACGAUUAUUGUGUUGAUAUGGUCAUUUGCAAUUAUGGUGACGAUGCCAUAUGGUUUGUACAUGAAGCUGCAUGGUACGGCAUCUAAUGAAACUGACGAAGGCGAUAUCAGUGGCAUUGAAGAUCCACCAGCUUCAUUUUCGAGCGCGAUGUACUGCGAAGAGCUGUGGCCAUCAGAAGAAAUGCGCAAGACAUUCUCUAUUGUUACUUCGAUUCUGCAGUUUGUGCUGCCGUUCAUCAUUAUGGCGUUUUGCUACGUUUGUGUAUCAAUACGGUUAAAUGACCGUGCUCGUACUAAACCAGGAAGCAAGACGUCACGCCGAGAGGAGGCUGAUCGCGAUCGUAAGAAGCGUACGAACCGAAUGCUUAUUUCAAUGGUGGCCAUUUUUGGUAUAUCCUGGCUGCCGUUAAACGUGGUAAACAUGUGGAACGAUUUCUAUUCCGACAUAAACAGCUGGCGGUUUUACAAUCUGAUAUUCUUUAUUGCCCAUCUCACGGCGAUGUCCUCAACCUGUUACAAUCCAUUUCUCUAUGCAUGGCUGAACGACAACUUCCGCAAGGAGUUUAAACAAGUGCUUCCUUGUUUUGAUCCGUCGCGUGGCCGUUCGAGAACAAUCGGAAGUAGUCGAGGUGGAGUUGGCGGUGGAUGGCGCUCUGGUGAAAGGACUUGCAACGGCAACAAUGACACCGUGCAGGAGACGCUGAUACCUAGCUCUCAAAUUGUUUCCAGCUGUCGCAGUCCACCGUUGCCACACCAUCAUCGUCAACCACAGCAGCAGCAGCGGCAUCAUCUAAACACAUUCUCGACUCAGAGCCUGGAUAACCAGCAGCCAAUGGUGGAUUCGAUCUUGCUGUCAGAGAUUGUUCCACCAUCUUCAAUUCCUCCACCUUUUGACAACAACACGCUUUCAGGCGUAACACCAAGUGCGAAGACGAUCGUCCUUCCUUCUGGGAUGCUGGAAACUCCAUUUGAUGUGCAGUAUAUUUCAGAAAAUACCUCGAUAGUUAAUGCAUCAAUUUCUGGGUUAUCAUCUGAUGUUAGUAAGGAGAACGAACAAGGUGCUCAUUUUAGUACGAGCUGUUCAAAACUGUCAUCCCUAAUCUUAAAAAACGAUAGCACUCUGACUGAUACAAAAGUGCCGGUUAUUUUGUAA